AUGCGAGCGAAAUUUACGUUGUUAAAUCAUUUCAGUCAACGUUAUCCAAAAAUUCCAGUUUUCAAUGAAAAAUUCAAUGAUUGUGUUGGGAUUGCAUUUGAUCACAUGCAAGUAAGUCAAAUUACAAUAUAAUUUUUUGGUGUGAGUUACUGUACUUUACUGCUCCUGCACCAGCUGUAAACAAAAGAGGCUAUUACAUACCUGGAAAUAUUAUUAUACACAUGUUUCUCUGAGUUAACCCAUUAAGCGCCAGCGCUCUCCCCUUGACAAAUAAAAUUGUCUGGCGUUAGACAGAGUAAAAUACUAAAGUAGGGUGCAUCAGGGUGCAAUGCAACUCAAUGGGUCAACUAGACACAUGGGCAGAUAGGCCAGUUAACCCAUUAAGCGCCAGCGCUCUCCCCUUGACGAGUAAAAUCGUCUGGCAUUAGACAGAGUAAAAUACUAAAGUAGGGUUCAUCAGGGUGCAAUACAACUCAAUGGGUUAAUAUCCACACUGGGCAAGCUUGAAAAAAUAUGCAUGGCCACAGUGGGAAUUGAACCUAUGACCUUUGGAAUACUAGUCCAAUGCUCUGCCAACUGAGCUACUCUGUCGGGUCAUUUCAAGUAUGUGAUAUUUCCGAACUGAGUCUAGUUCCUUCAAUAUCAAUGCAAUCUAGUAAUCAUGAUUUUUAACCUAGCCUGCGAGCAGGCUCUCUCUGGGUGAAACAGAGCCUGCAAGGAUCCCUAUGAUGUUUAAGUGCAUGCGUCCAAUAUUUGGACGCAAAGCUCUGAUUGGUUGAUAACUGAUUCAAAGGAAGUGAUUGACAAGCUUCCGUAAACUACACUUCCCGUUUGUAAAACCGAGCAACGCAAAGCUUCGGAAUUGCUGCAAUAUAGAGAUAAAAGUGUCAUGUAUUUUGUAUCCUUGUUGACUUUUUACUGUAAAUUAAUAUAGUAUUCAUAUAAAGACAAAUACUAAAAGCUUGCAUGCUUUAUUGAGUGUCCUGUGCUUGUCUGACUUCUAGGCUAAGAAAAGACUGAACAAAUUCGCAAAUCGAAACCUAGGGACAAGGCAUUAUAUUGCUUCUCUUUCAUGCAACAAUAUUGAGAAUUAUUCUGAUAAUAUUCAGUGCAUAUUCUUUGGAUUAAGCUUGUUUUACAAUGUUAUACUGACUAUUUAAUAUUUAUAAGUAUGCAGCGUUAAAAUGUACAGUAAUUUACUUGUGACUUUGUUUACAAUAAUUAUCACAUGCAUGUUUACUGUAAUUCCACCUUUUGUUGCAAAAUUUGAACUAUAAACAUAUUAUUAAAUUAUUUCCAAUGUCCAUGGUAUAUCGUAUAUGUCUAUGUCUCACCAAAGCCAUAAAUUUCAGUAAGUUAUAUUUAUUAAUUUAUUACUAUACUGGAUAUAUAUAUUUUUAUUGCCGAUUGCAGCAUGAAGCAAUUCCAAACAACUGAAUUAGUUAGCAGGUAAUAUACAACUUUAAACUUACUGUGCCUACAGAAACACAUGCAAAUUGUAGUAAAAAGUACAACUUGAUAUAUUACACUGUAAAACCUCGAGCCGUUUUAACUUUUUUAGUAUGCCCCAGUGGCAGUUUCUAUACGAAACUAUAAACGAAAGAAUACAAUAUAAAAGGAGUUCAACGUUUAUCGGUUUAUGUUUACAAUAUUGAAGUGUAUUUCCGGUCUGUGCUGAUUGGUUGUUAUUAAUUGACCUGUGACAUCAUAAUCGAAGGGCGGCAUGCAGUCAUAGGAAUUCUUGCAGGCUCUCUUUUACCCAGAGAGAGAGCCUGCUCGCAGGCUAUUUUUAACCUGACCACAGCUCAGUUGGCAGAGCAUUGGGUUAGUAUUCCAAAGGUCGUGGGGUCGAUUCCCACUGUGGCCAGGCAUAUUUUUCAAGCUUGCCAGUUGUGGAUACUCACUCAGAGUAACAUCACAAACAUAUUCACCUAGGUGAGUACAUUACACCAACACAUAAAAAAAAAUCACUAUUACACAUUUUCAUACUAUAGAUUUUCUGCCACAUUAUAAAAUUAAUUCAAGAAUUAGGUAAUUUACAGUAGAUUGUAAAUAUUGAACUAUGCAGUUAUUUUAUUCAAACCUUUGCAUGGCUGUAAUUUCUGACAAUGGAUUUAUUUCUGUUGUUUGGUAACAUAAUACUAUAAGCGCAUGUGGAAGCGGGGCCGUUUCAGCCAAUCCAACAAUGCCAAAUUUCCGCAGCUCAGCAACCAAUUAAAUUCUGCAAAAGACACUGUCCAUGCACCUCCGGAGUUGUUGGCUGAAGGAAAUUAUUCUGUAUCUAAUUUGUAGGUAAAUUUUCAGAAUCUUUGUGGUUUACCGAAACUUCUUCAACCACUACAUGAAAUAUUCAAAGAAGAAAUCGAAGAACAAA